UCAAACAACGACCAGGCUGGGAGGCUGGGCGCCACGUGUCGGACGCCUCCUCCCUGCCGCCGUCCGCCGCAUCUCAGCUGUCGCUUCGCUUCCGUCUCCUCAGCUCCUGGAGGCCUCGCCGCCGCGUGGUUCGCAUCGGUGGCCACCGUCGCUGCGGGCUGUCCAGAAGAAGCCGUCACUUUCCAAGCUUUUACCAGUUCCGACCAGAAUAUCCGCAUCACAGAGCAACCACCUCGGGAAUCUCGCGUCGCCGCGAUGCAGGUGGAGCUCGCUGCCCGCUCCGCCUCCCAGCCAGGCAAGGCGGAGGAUACGCCGCCGCCCUCCCCGGCCGCCGCUGCGGCAUCAGCGGCGGAGGACGCCCCUCUCCUCCCGGAUGGGCGCGUGCGGCGCCGGGCGGGGUGCGGGCGGUUCGCGCAGCGCAGCGGCUCCUUCCGCCACGAAGUCGGCCGCGCCGCCGCCGAGACCUUCCUCCUCACGCGGCUCACCCUGAUCCUCCUCCGCUACCUCGGGAUAGGCUACAGAUGGAUCCGGCAGUUCCUAGCCCUUUGCUGUUAUACUCUCUUGCUAAUGCCAGGUUUCAUUCAAGUUGUAUAUUAUUAUUUCUUCUCAAGCCAAGUUCACAGAAGUGUUGUAUAUGGUGAUCAGCCAAGAAACAGAUUGGACUUGUAUAUACCCACCAGUACAACUGGGUUAAAGCCGGUCGUUGCAUUUGUGACUGGUGGAGCAUGGAUCAUAGGGUACAAAGGGUGGGGUGCCCUUUUAGGACGACGCUUGGCAGAAAGGGGCAUCAUAGUUGCAUGUAUCGAUUACAGAAACUUCCCUCAAGGGACUAUUGGUGACAUGGUUGAAGAUGCUUCUCAAGGAAUCUCUUUUGUCUGCAACAAUAUAGCAAGUUAUGGAGGCGAUCCUGGCAGGAUUUAUCUUGUUGGACAAUCUGCUGGUGCACAUAUUUCUGCGUGUACCCUCAUAAAUCAGGCUAUUAAAGAAUGUGGUGAAGGAGAUACUUCCUCUUGGAGUGUUUCACAAAUAAAAGCUUACUUUGGUAUUUCUGGCGGGUACAAUCUCCUUAACUUGGUUGAUCAUUUCCACAGGCGUGGCCUUUAUCGAUCCAUCUUUCUCAGCAUUAUGGAAGGUGAAGAAUCACUGCAGAAAUUCUCUCCACAUGUGAUGAUUAAAGAGUCAUCUGCUAGGUCUGCAGUUUCUUUGUUGCCCUAUAUUAUCCUUUUCCACGGAACAAAUGACCAUUCAAUACCGUCAACUGAAAGUCAAGCAUUCGUUGACACUUUACAACAGCAUGGUGUUAAAGCAGAUCUAUUCUUGUACGAAGGGAAGACACAUACUGAUUUAUUCCUUCAGGAUCCUCUUCGUGGUGGUAGAGAUAAAAUGCUCGAAGAGAUUGCAAGUGUGAUACACAGCGAAGAUCCAGAUGCAUCUGCCCAGCACCUUGCCGUGCCUGUUGCACGGCGUCUUGUUCCUGAAUUCAUGCUGAAGCUUGCUGGGAGAGUAAGCCCUUUCUGAAGAUGGUGGUGUGAUUUCGACGUUAGCCAGAUGGAACCGUAAAGAUUGUGUACAUUAUUGGAAGGCUGCAUGAAGCUUCGGGGGCAUGCGGUCAGGAAACUGGGUUGCUCUCAGCUGGGAAGCUAUAGACCCACUGUAUUGUUCUUUAUUGGUUUGUGUACACUACAGAUCUUCGCUGAGAAAUUUGCAUUGGAUCUCGAUGUACAAGUGGAAUUUUUAUUUUUUGGUCCUUUUCGAAAACAUUUUUACAAA